CCUACUGGGUUCGAAGGAACCCAGCACCAACGCCUGGGUUCCUCAAACCCAGGCGCUGGUCGAGGCACCAGGCGUGCUAGGUUCGAGGAACCCAGGCUUGGGUUCCUUCGAACCCAGCACGCCUGGGUUCGAUGGAACCCAGGCGCGGGUUCCUCGAACCCAGGCCCUGGGUUUGGCUCUGGCCGCAGAUGCUCCGGCUCCGACCCCGACGGCUGGUGCUGGCUCGUUGUCGCCGUCAUUUGUCUCGGCUGUCUUUGCCGUCGUCGUUGCUUUGCUUCUCGGCUCCUCGCUCCGGAUCUGAGCUGAGAUUGCUUGCUGGCGGUCGUAUGCCAUUUGCUGAUUGUGGAUUCAUCGGUAUCUUGUUGAGCGAUCUGGAUGACAAGGUCGUCGCAUUUCAAGACAUCAAGCCUGCAGCUUUCAGGCAUUACUUAGUGAUUCCUGUAGAGCACAUUCCAACUGUGAAGGAUCUUCGGAGGAGAAGUGAAGACUACUCUUUGGUACUUGAUAUGUUCAAUGUGGGGCAAGCACUUCUAAGCAAAGAUGCUUACAUUUUGCUGUUUUUCUCCAGUACUUGAUAGUAUUGUUAACAUUGUUUUGUCGUAGGUUUUGCAUGGUAUUUUUUUUUAACUCUCAAAUCUCAAUAUGUAUUUUUCUCUGAUUGAAGUUGUUCUAUCACUUUGUUUUACUUUCAUCUGAUAUUUUGGUUAAGUACACUUUGAUUUGUAUCAUAAUAAAUGAAUUAAAUGGUUAGUAAGGUGCACCUUCAUCCUUGCAUUAAUGUUUCUUGGGCUUGGUGGCCAAUAACACACUGAAUCUCCAGUUAAGUUUUAAGGUAUCUUUUUAUGAUUAUGGAAACAAGGUUAUGUUUUCCUGAUUCUCCUCUUUUUGGCAGAUUUGGCUUUCAUCAACCUUCAUUUAACAGUGUUAACCAUCUCCAUCUCCAUUGUUUUGCUCUACCCUUCAUACCUAGGUAGUCAUUUUGCUGGUAGUCUAUGCUUCUGCUUUUAUUUUGUUUUAUUUUCUAUCUUGAAAAUCGAACAAGGUUUCAAAGAUUCCUGGUUUAAUCCAUCAAGAGUUUGAACAGAUGGAAACAUAUAAAAUAUAUAUCUUUGGGGCCAUUAGGUGGGUUUAUUGAAGCCAAGAAUUUGUUGGAGAAGAUAAAACCAUUGUCAACAAAUACUUCUUAGGGAUGAGUGCAUGAAUCGCUAUUAACUUUUAUUUUCUCGUAAUUAUCAAUUCUUUUGUUGUUUGUAAGUUUUCUGAUGAUUAAUUGAUGUUAUUCAAGAUGAAACUGCUUUUGCAAAUAAGGUUACUUAAAACUUUGUAACAUGCAUUUUGGGUAAUAAGAAUUGGGUAUACAGUGUGUGCUUGUCUUCUACCUUACUCUAUAAAUUAACAUCCUUGAU